AUGAAACAAAAUAAGGUUAUUGUCGCAACUGGACGUACUUAUGCAUACGUAGAUGCCAAAUCCACACCGAGUCCUCGAGCGACGUUGCUCUGCCUUCAUGGAUUCCCAGACCAAUGGUAUGGUUGGGAACACCAGAUUACAGCGUGGAGUAAGGCUGGAUACCGAGUCCUUGUGCCGCACAUGCUAGGCUAUGGACAAACGGAUAAACCGCAAGAUAUCGAGGCCUACUCGACGAAGAACCUUUGUGCAGACCUCGCGGCCUUUCUAGACGCACUGGGUCUAUUCGAACCCUUGGUCGUCAUAGGUCACGAUUGGGGAGCAGCUGUCGCCUGGAGAUUCCUGCUUUGGUAUCCGGAAAGACUCAAACUCUUGAUCAACAUGUCCGUUCCAUACUUUCCACCAUGGACAACGUAUAUUCCAAUCGAAGAAGCGUCCAGGCGUGUCCCAUCGUUUGCGUAUCAAGAAUACUUUGCGAGCCCCGAAUCAACAGCACAAGUGGAAAGAGCCUUGAGCAUUUUCCUACCUGCACUCUUCCAAGGACCGAGGGGAUUCAGUGGGCACCAGCAAGGCAGCUCUGGAGAGAAUAUCUCCAUCCUACGCCCAGGUCAAAUGAAGGCCCUCAUCAAUGACGAAACACGACUGCGAGCUCAGCAACCUAUGCUUCCUCCAAUGGUCAUCUCUCCCGAAGAGCUCAACCGGUACCGAGCCGACUUUGAGCAAGGCGGGAUGCACGGCCCGCUCUCGUACUAUCGCAACACACGUUCACGGUACGACGACGAGCUUCAACUUCUCAAAAGAGGAAAUAGGAAUCGCUCCUCGCCAUCCAAACCUAUCCCAAUCUUGUUCAUCUAUGGAUCCGAGGACAAAACCUGUCCAGAAAACUUUGUCAAGCGUAUGCCGCAGCUGAUCACCAAGAGCGAUCCCAAUGUGCGACUUCCACUGCUCUACGGUGACUUGAAGAUGAUCAAGCUCGACGGUGUCGGUCAUUGGGUGCUCCUAGAAGCCAAAGAGCGUGUCACCAACGAGGUGCUCUCCUUCCUUGAGCAAAAUUUGGCCGGUCGAACAGCUUUGCCACUCGCAAAGCUCUGA